AUAUGGUGACUUGGCUCAUGGGGUGCGCAUGCGCAGUGUGGCUUUGCGCGGCUAGCCUGAAUGCUGUGCUUCAGCGUGAGCAGCUCUUUAGAGAAACUCGCUAGUUGCGGGAAGAAUGGCGAGUUUUAUACACAGUUUUUUUUAUUACGUACUCGUAUGACAUGUGCUUGUAAGAUAGUUACUUGAUAGUGCUGACUCAUUGGUGAAUGUUAGACCAUGUGAAAGGUCACUGUUUGUAUUUUAUGCGCUUGUUUUUUUUGUUCGUAUCUCAUUAGCUAGCAUGCUAACCCGUGACUAGCCGGUUGGCGACGUAGCGGCGUUUUUGAAGAGCUGUGCAGGAAGGGAAUUAUCAGCACAGCUGUCAGGAAACACCGGGUAUCAGCUGUGGGUUGUUUUGGAGUUUGACAACAUGGCUGGUGGAAUUACAGAAACAGGAGAGCCUUACUCACCUUUUGUUGGCUUGGUGUACAUGUUCAACAUAAUCGUGGGCACUGGUGCUCUGACCAUGCCCAAAGCCUUCGUCACUGCCGGUUGGGUUGUAAGCCUGGUGCUCCUCUCCUUUUUGGCCUUCAUGAGUUACAUGACAACUACAUUUGUGAUUGAGGCCAUGGCUGCAGCCAAUGCCCAGCUACGCUGGAAGAGGAGAGAGCAGGAAGAGAUCAAUAGCAGUGACACUAGUUCUGACUGUUCGGACGAUGAGAUCACCUGUAGGUGGCGGUCAGAUCUAGUGGAGACUCGACCAAUUCUCUCCGUUCAGCGUACAGGGUCAGUGGAUCAUUUUGAUAUUGUGGAGAGAGUUGAGAUGGGACAAAUGGCCUCCAUGUUUUUCAAUAAAGUUGGCGUCAAUAUGUUCUACAUCUGCAUCAUUGUAUACCUGUAUGGAGACUUGGCCAUCUAUGCUGCUGCUGUGCCCAUGUCAUUGAUGGAAGUGGCCUGUGGCAAUCACUCCUGCAGCGCUGGGAAUAUAAAAUACAACGACACAGAGGCCUGCUGGGGACCGGUGAGACGGAAAGAUGCCUACAGAGUCUUUCUUGCCACCUUCACACUACUAUUGGGACCUUUCACAUUCUUCAGUGCACAGAAGACCAAAUACCUUCAGAUCCUCACCUCACUAAUGAGAUGGAUUGCUUUCACCAUGAUGAUAAUCCUGGCGCUGAUCCGUAUCUCCAAGGGUCAUGGUGAGGGCAAUCCUCCGGUGGCACAGCUCCGCGGUGUUCCUAACCUCUUUGGCGUGUGCGUGUACUCCUUCAUGUGCCAGCACUCACUGCCCUCUCUGAUAACGCCCAUCUCAGACAAACGGAGAAUGAGUGUGCUGCUCCCGUCGGAAUAUGUGCUCAUCCUGGCCUUCUACCUUCUGCUUUCCUUUACAGCCAUCUUCUGCUUCAAGAGCUCACUGCUGCGGGAUAUGUACACGCUAAAUUUCACCUAUGACUGUGACCUUCUGGGUGUGGCCGCCCUGCGCUACUUUUUAGGGCUAUUCCCCGUCUUCACAAUCAGCACGAACUUCCCUAUAAUCGCAGUCACACUACGCAAUAACUGGAAGACACUCUUCCAUCGAGAUGGAGGCACUUACCCAUGGGUAGUGGACCGCAUUGUGUUUCCCUUGAUUACCUUGGUGCCACCUGUUGUGGUGGCAUUUUGUACUCAUGAUCUAGAGUCUCUUGUGGGCAUCACUGGAGCCUACGCGGGCACAGGCAUUCAGUACAUCAUUCCUGCUGCUCUGGUGUUCUUUAGUCGGCGCCACCUAGAGCCUGUGUUUGGAAGAGAGGUGCAGAAUAAGCACAGGUCUCCGUUCCGCCACACAUUUUGGGUUAUAUUUGUGGUAAUUUGGGCAACUUCCUGCCUGAUGUUUGUCACAGCUAAUAUCAUACUGACAGUAGAAAACAAGAACUAAACACGUUUCUUUUACAGUACCAGUCAAAAAUUUGGACACCUAAUUAAUUAAAUGUUUUUUCUUUAUUUGUAUUAAUUAAAAAAGACUUCAUGAUAUUAACGGACUGUCGUUUCUCUUUACUUUUCACAGAAACUAUUCACAUGACCAACAGCAAAAUAAAAUAUAAAGCUAGACACAUGACAGUCGUCACAUAGCUCACCAAUAUGUUAACAAGAAUGCUAUGGGGUAUUCGUUAAUGUCACCCUUAGUUCAGUUGUACUGGAUUAUAAUGUAAUAUUUUGGCUUCUUGGCAAGAAAUUCCAAUAAGUUCAGCUACAAAAGCUUUCUAACUAGUGAUCAUUUCCAUAAUGUACAGUACCAGUCAAAAGUUUGGACACCCCUAGUUCAAUGGUUUUUUGUUUUUUUUUUCCCUCUUUAUUAAUAAAGACACUUAAGACUUGAAGUAACGAUGGAUGUCGUUUCUCUUUACUUAGUUGAGCGGCUCUUGACAUAGUAUGGAAUAGGGUUAUUUACUAUGUAUUUUUAUUAUUUACUAUUUACCGUUUGGUCUCAAAUGCACUAAGAAGGCAAGAAAUUGCACUCAUUAAUUAUUGACUUGGCACACCUGUUCAUUGAAACGCGUUCCAGGUGACUACCUCAUGAGGCUGGUUAAGGUAAUGCCAAUAGUGUGCAAAGCGUCAAGGUAAACUCUGGCUACUUUUGAAGAAUCUAAAAUAUGGAACUUAUUAACAGUGUUGUUUUGCUUACCAUAUGUUCCAUGUGUUAUUUCGUAGUACUGAUGUCUUCAGUAUUGCUCUGCAAUGUAGAAAAUGGUCAAAGUACAGAAAAACCUCGGAGCACGCAUGUCCAAUCUUUUGACUGGUACGGUCCAUUUACCAGUAUUUUUGUUUUGUUCAGUAAUUAAAGCUGUACGGGUUUGUUACAGAAUUAAUUACUCUUUUGCACUGUAAGAAGGAGCUGGUUUCUGUUUAACUUGGUUGAAUCUGGAAAGGGAGCAAAAUCAUGUUUAAUUCGGCGCAAGAAUGAAUAUUGUUGACUCGUCUGCAAAAGGACUCUCAAAUAUUUUUGGAUUGUAGGUUAAUUUGAAGUUUAAUCUGCUUUAGACACCCCAUUUUCACUGCAACAGUUUCCAACUUUUCCGAACCUCAGUCAGGCUUCUGAAGUCAACAGUUUUAUUAUUACUUUUAGCCUUUUCUUGUUUUUGUUCUUUGUGAGACCUUUUUAGAUUUUUUUUUCUGGUCACGAUUGCAAAUUGUUAGAGAUAAUGAGAUUUUUUUUUUUUUUAAUUUAAUUUUAUAAACCAAAACGAAACAGCCGCAUGCACCUUACCAUGGACUGAACUGUGGCUGGAGCAAAACAAAUCAGGGAUGAUUAGUCUUUCAUGGCUGGCAUUUUCAAUGUUCCUAACUUGGGUGUCCUCAUCGGUGAAUCAUGACUUGGUUUGUGCAGCAUAGCCGACGGAUUUACUGAAAGCUGCAGUUUAGUCGAGACUCCUCGAGCAGACUGCUGCGGGCACUGAGAGACUUCCAUGCUUGCUCCGUGUUCGUUUACUCUCUAAACACAACCUGAGGUUCCUGAUUGGAGACUGCGUGUUUUGGGGGUUGGACCUGCAUCGAGGCUGUGCUUGUAGGACUGGGACAGCUGUCUGUUUUUAGAAGUACUGCACCUUACGUCUCCAUUAUUCACUGUGUGGCUUCAGUGUUUAAUCACUUUAUCAUCGCACUGCUUGCUUGACUUUUCUUCGAAUCUAAAUGUGAAUACGAUUUUUUUUUUUUUAAUUAUUAUUAUUCCUUCCUUGAACAAUUGUUUUUGGUCAUGAUCAAGUUUAUCAACAUUUGCUACAAAUGAGAUGUUUGGGGAUAUCCCCCCCUUCUUUCUUUCUUUACCUCUUGAACAGUGUUUGAUUUUCAGCUAUCCUCAAACCCACCUCAGAACUUCAUAAGAGAGAGUUGGAGAGGAAAGAGGCUUCAAUCAGGCUUCUCUGAGAGGAGUUAGAUCAAAAAGUUUGAGAGAUGGAUCUAGUCAGCAUUAAGACCUCUGCUUCAUACUGAAAGGGGUACAGCAGAGCAUUUCUUUAAAUGAAUUUGUAUUUUUGUCAUUCCAGCCCCAAAGCUUUUAACAGGCAGUGAAAGUGGUACCUCAGGAUUCCUUCAGUUACUGAGCUUGUGCGCAAUCCUGUAUUGUAGCUGUUAACAUGUCAACAUCUCGUUACUUUGUCACUGUUCUCAUUAAAUUAUUUUCCUGAGUUUUCUUCAAAAGUAUGCGAACGGACUGACUGAUCAUGGCAGCCAUGUCUGGUACUGUUAAAUGACUGCUGCUCUCUGUGAGAGUGCUCGCCUGCUCAGAGGAAAAAGUGAAGCAGCCUCAAAAGCAUGACUACCAUCACCUGCUUGGGUUUUUACACCUGUUAAUUUUCAGCCUGGAAUUAUUCAGCUGAAAAUUUCCCUGCCAAGUUCGUUUUCUUUUUACAGUGAAGAGAAGCAGGGACAAACGGGUUUUUUUUUAAAAAUAUGGCUGUCCUAAUCGUGGACUUUGAGGUCGGUUUUGGAGUGCAAUAAAAAGGGAUUGCGGCUUUGAUCAUGUUCACAUCCAAGUAAAUAUUUAAUUAACAAAUGAAGUUCAUAAACGGACAUGAUUAAUGCAAAGCAUAAAGGACUGACGUAAAAAUGUGCCUUUCUUCCAGAGUUUUUAUCUUCUCUUUAUAGGGAUGGUGGUCUCUUUGUCCUUUAAAUACUGUCAGAUAACCUGCAUGUAAACUACUUUGUGAUUUGACAAUCAGUGUCUCUUCUAAAUAAACUUCUAAAUGCUUUCUAUCAAAA